UGUGUGUAUGUGUAUGUUUGUGCAUGUGAAUGUGAAUGUAUGUACAAAUGCGUGUUUGCUUGGGCCGCAAUUGCAGCAGCACGCAGCUGCAGCGCUUCGACUGCAGUGUCUUCAAGCUAGCCACAACACAUGAGCGCUUUCGCACCACUCUGAUGCCAAUACUACCAGGCUAUCCACUAAUAAUGACACCAUGGGCUGGUAUUAUACAUUCCUGGCUGGAGUACAAUCUUGAAGAAUUUCGAGAGGACGAUGGUGUGGGAGGGAUGACGUACAAGCAGUUAUAUAAUGAGACGUGUACAAUCAUUGAGGAUCUGGUCAUUGACUCGGAAAAUGCAAUCGGUGAUCUGACCUUGUACCCUGCCCCGGGCGAGCAGUUCGACCUGUCAUUUGACGUUGUGGACGAACUCAUGUCGGGUGUAGGUGCCACUCUGGGCGUCAAGGUGGAAGCAGACAAGAACGAUGUGAUCAUGCGCCAGGAUGACCGGGAUUACAUGCCCGGAGAGAGUCUCUACUACUCCUCCAGCGGCAAUCUAACUGCAGUCUCGCUGUCAGGAGUGCCUGGUAGCACUGGGAAGCUGCUGAUUCAUGUGGUUGGCCGUGGUGCAGUUCGCCACACCAACUUUGACAGAAACUUCAUCGAGCUUUGGAUUCCGUUCAGGCUGCGUGGCUGCCUGCCAGGAUUCCAAGACCCGAGCAUUGGCAGUUCGAAGGAGGCCGCAGAGUAUAUAACAGAGCUGUCUGAACAGCAUGAUAGCAGUGCCUUCACCAGUGAUGAGGAGUCGCCACUGGUCUGCCGCUGUCCAACAAAUUAUGGCAUUCAGAAGUGCCGGCAUGGACAUGAAAUCAUGGUGCGAACCGGAUUCUGGGCGGGAAACUUCAGUUUCUACCAGCGUCGGGAUCUGGACAACACGUGUGUGUUUGACAAGACUGCCUUCUUCAGAAACGACACUGCCUUGGACAGUGACGGCUGCAACGUACGAGGAGUGCACCGGUUUGCGAUUGGGUUUUGCGACAACGGGCUUUGUUACAGACCGCCGGGGGCUGCAGCAAGCUGGUCCUUGUCCAGUGACAACCCAUGCAACCCCAAGUUCAAUCGCACCGGUCCGAUGUGCGGCUCGUGUAUACCAGAGCACAGCAUUCUGAUAAGCUCAGUUGCCUGUCACGACUGCCGGAAUGAGCUCAAGAUCCCCAUCGCUGUCUACUUCCUGCUGGUGUUCACAUGUUCAGCUGUCCUGUACGCCGUUGUACUUUGCCUGAACAUUGGAGUGUCCUGUACUUUGAACAGCUGGCUCUUCUUCAUUCAGGCCAUCUUCAUCAUAUUCUCUGAUAGUGUGAGCAUGCAGGCUAUCUUCUACACCACAUUGACAUUUGGCCUGGGUCACAUAUGUGUACGUGAGCAGCUGACACCACUGCAGGCCAGAGCUGCCCUGGUCCUGCAGCCCUUUUUCAUCUUCUUCUUCAGCUUUCUGCUCUGGCUUGCCGUGCGCCACGGUGUCUGUGCCAACCGUUUGCAGCACCUGCAGAAGCGCCACUCUUUGGCACACGUUAUCUGGCUGAGCGUAAUCUACUGGACGGCGUCUCUCGGAUUCAUUGCUACCACGCUGCUGAACAGUGUGCGACUGGAGAUGAUUGAGAAGGACACGCUUCACGUUCUCUUCAUCGAUGGCUCUGUGGAGGUGUUCGGCAAGGAGCACCUGUGGUUCGGCAUCAUGGCUAUCACCAUCCUGGUGCUUCUGGUUACUCCGCCGACGCUAAUCAUGGCCAUCCCGUAUCUGCGCAGCCUGCAGCAGUUUAAAUGGUACGCAGACCACGCGAUGAAGGUGUACGAGCCUGACCGCCAUUGGUGGGCCGCCGUGGACCUGGGCCGCCGACUGUUGCUUGCCUGCCUGGAGGCUAGUGUGGAUCACACCUGGAUCAGACACUAUCUGAUGGCCAUGAUCUGUGUACUGUUCCUGGCUACGCAUCUAGCAUACCGGCCACUGAAACGAAACAAGGGACUGGGGCCGUUCAAGGACAUUGAUAAUCGCAUUGAAACAAUGCUUCUGUUCGAUCUCUGUGUGCUUUCGGUCGCGAAGACCGCCAGCAGCUGCUCCAAUUUACCGUUCAUGCCCUCACUGCGUGUGGUAAAAGCCAUCAACAUCACCCUCUAUGCUGUUCCAACUCUGAUCUGCUUUGCCGUGGCGAUGGUAAGGUUUGUGCAGAGUAUGCAGUUGACCUUCCGAAAACAUCAGCCAAUGAAAAGGUAUACCGUGGAUGAGAAUGAUGCUGCCAUGGAGGAUCAUGCUACGGCCCUGAAGGCCAUGGGUAGCCACACUUGCUCCUCAGCACGCAUCGGUCCAGGCAACAGCAACAGCAACAGCAGCAGCAAUUUCAGUACCAGUACCGCUGCAACCAGCAGCAGCAUCAUCAGUGGCGGCAGCAGCAUUGGUAGCAGUAACACUCCUGCUACACCAAACACACCAAACACACCAGCUGGCGACAGUGGCGGGGCACAUCCGCACGCGCGAAGCAAUCAAGGAGCCAGGCCAAAGUGGCUUCUUGAUUUUGACUUGCCGGUGGCAAAUGGUUUGCGAGACCCACUACUUAUUGAGCACUUGAUGCAAGAGGACGGAGAGGACAACUAGCAAGCACACGAACCCAUUGAGAGAGAGAGAGAGAGAGAGAGCAGUGCUCUUGAUGUAAUGUUCCUUUGUCACAGCGUUACCCUCCUGACAAUGCCGCCACGGUCAUGCCCCACAGGCUGUCAUCGCCUGAGCCAGAUGUUGGCCACUGCCGUUGUUAUUUGUCUCUCACCUUUCCUAGCUCUCUUCACCAGCAGGGUAGUGUUCAAGAAAGUGCAGCCUGCAAGUCAUCGAGUGUUCAGUGACACACAUUAUGCGUGAAAGCAUCCGGAAAGUCGUUGUGCACUCACAUCACAUUACUACACUACCAACCGCGCUGUUGAUGCAUUUGUAUGUGUUUUGUUUUAUUUUACAUCGCAAAUCAAACGGACAAUGAUGCCCAAGUGUUAUGGUGAGGAUGGAAAGGGAGACAUCGUGUCCGCAUAAUAUCAAUAGGGUUCACUGCCCGUCUGCAGUGUGUUAUUUCUGCUAGGAUUUGCGAGCACAUCAUUAAUCACCACGGCACGGGUUCUGACCGUCUGGCUACAGUAUCUCUGCCUUAGUCCAUUUCAACUCACUUUAAGGUACAUGCCCCUCCUGCCGCUUCACCGGACCCUGCCAUACCAUUUCCUGUGCCACCAUGAUUUUGCUAGGGCUGCAGCUUUACUAGGGAUGCAGUGAAGAUUAUUCAGAUGUGCACAUGUGCAUGUAAUUACCCGAUCUACCUGUGCUCAGAGAGUAUUCGAAAAGUUUUCAAAGUCUGAUGUUGAAAUUUCACCAGACCUAGUGAAUGAACGUGCCACAACAGACUCCUAUUUCCUAAGCCGGUCAAGGCUAUAAUGAA